UAACCUUUCACGACGCAACAAAUCACAUUUCUUAUUUUCAUCAUUCCUCUUAUUCACUCAACAUCAUCAUGGAAGAGAUUCAAUUUAUCUCAACUACUACAAUCAAAGCAACAAAUCAUGGUGAUGAUGACAACUCAAGUGACAAAAUUAUCCAUUUAUCUCCAUGGGAUCUCAAAUUUCUCAAAUUGGCACCAAUCCAAAGAGGUCUUCUUUUCCAUAAACCCAAAACAAACCAAAUUGACCAUCUUAAAAAAACACUUUCCUCCACACUUAACUUUUUUCCACCACUCGCGGGUCGUCUUGUAAUAACACAACACGACGAACCUAACAACGCCUCAUGUUCCAUCGUUUGUAACAACGUUGGUGCAUUGUUUGUCCAUGCCAAAGCAGAAAACACUACCAUUGCCGACAUCCUUCAACCAAAGUAUGUUCCUCCCGUUGUGUCUUCGUUAUUCUUAUUCAACGAAGUGAAAAACUACGAAGGGACAUCACAACCACUACUUGCAGUACAAGUAACAGAGUUAAUCGAUGGUAUCUUCAUUGGUUUUACAAUUAACCAUGUGUGUGUAGACGCGAAGUCAUUUUGGCAUUUCAUCAACUCUUGGGCUGAAAUCGCACAAGGUUUCAAUAAGCCAACAAAAGUUCCUUCUUUCGAACGUUGGUUUCCAAAUAAUGUUAACCGUCCCAUACGGUUUCCUUUCACAAAAGAUGCACAAAAUCAACAAUGUGAUGUUUCGUCUAAUCGAAUCUUCCACUUUACUAAAGAACAAAUUCUGCAACUCAAAUCAAAAGCUAAUGCAGAAAUUAGUAGUGGUAGUAGCAAUAGUAGUGAUAAAAUAAUAACGAUAUCUUCAUUGCAAGCGCUUUUAAGUCACCUUUGGCGUUUAUUUAUAAGUAAACAAAAUCGUAAUUCAGAAGAAAGGUCGGCAUUCGUGUUACCCAUAGAUUGUAGAACAAGAAUGUGCCCAAAGUUAGAAGAGAAUUAUUUUGGGAAUGGAAUCGGAGCAGUUGGAUGUGUAAUAAUGCAAAUAGGGGAGUUAAUGGAAAGUGGGAUUGGUAAAAUUGCUAUGGAAAUGAACAAGGAGAUUUCAUCAAAAUCUCAUCAUGAGAAGAUAAUGAGUGAUAUUGAAUCUUGGUUGAAAACGCCGUCGAUACUAGAGCCAGUUAAAUCAGCAAGUAAUUUGUUGAUAGCAAGCAGUUCACCACGGUUCAAUUACUACGGUAAUGACUUCGGUUGGGGUAAGCCUAUUGCAGUUAGAAAUGGUGUUGGACUUAAAAGAAAUAUUGGUAUAGUUAAUGUGCUUGGUGGGGAAGAAGAAGGUAGUAUUGAUAUUGAAGUUUCUUUUCCUUAUAAUAUUUUGGAGGCUAUAGGAAACGACCCUAUGUCCAUGGAUGCUUGAAACUUACACUUUUUUUUUUAUCAUAAAAAAUGGUUUUGUUUCACAAAAAUGUACUCCCUUCGUCUCAAAUUGUAAGCAAAAUGUACUCAAUUUUUUUUCUGCUUUAUAUGUUCUAUUUGUUUUCAUUCUUCGACUA